AAGUCGUAAUGUUUGCGUGUUUCUGUGCGGUGUGUGGAACAGACGCGGGGGCUUUGGCCGUGAAAUGCAGUCAGGCAGUGAGCGGGGCAGCCAUGUCCGAGCUGCUCAGUGAACUCAGAUGAGAUGAGAAGCUUUUCAUCAAUGGAGGAAACAAACUGGACUUAAGACACAGUUUCAGAUCCACUGGACACUAAACAAGUGGCGGCGGCCAUGAUGGAGGACAGUGAGCCGGAUGUGUCUCCGCCCUGCUCCGGGCAGCAGAGCCCCUCCUCCUCCCCCUCCCCCUCCCUGUCCAUCAGCUCCUCCCCGUCCCUCUCCCUCCCCUCCACCCCAUCAUCUGGCCCCCACCACUCCGCCAGCCCCGCCCCUGGCCCGGCCGACACCCCGCCGGGCUCCGCCCCCCCUCUGGGCGUCAUCAGCGAGGGUUUGGGCGAGCUGGGCCCGCUGAUCGACGCUGAGGUGGCCCAGCGGGCGUGUCAGGAAGUCUUGCAGAAGGUGAAGCUGCAGCAGGUUGACGACGAAGCCACUGGCCCGGAGCCUGUCGCCAACGAGUCCACUGCCCCCGCCCCCGCCCCCGCCCCCGCCCCGCCCCCCUCCACCGCCGCCGGCGCCGUCAAACCGCUUAAGAUCCGCGAGGAGGACGACGACCCCGAGGGGCCGGCGGCCGGCUCGGUGAAGAGCGCGCGGCGGCGGCAGCGCCACAACCCCUCCAAACAGUCGUGGCUGCUGCGGCUGUUCGAGUCCAAGCUGUUUGACGUUUCCAUGGCGAUCUCCUACCUGCACAACUCCAAGGAGCCCGGCGUGCAGGCGUACAUCGGAAACCGCCUGUUCAGCUUCCGCCACGACGACGUCGACUUCUACCUGCCGCAGCUGCUCAACAUGUACAUCCACAUGGACGAGGACGUGGGCGACGCCAUCAAGCCCUACGUGGUGCACCGCUGCAGGCAGAGUAUCUCCUUCUCCCUGCAGUGUGCGUGGCUGUUGGGGGCGUACUCCUCCGACAUGCACAUCUCCACACAGCGCCACUCCAGAGGCACCAAGCUCCGGAAGCUCAUCCUGUCUGACGAGCUGAAGCCCUCCGGCCCCCGCGCCCGCCGCGACCCCCCCGCCCUGACGCCCUUCUGCCCCGCCCCGCCCACAGAGCACACCCUGUCGCCCACCAAACGCACCCACCAACGCUCCAAGUCAGACGCCACCGUCAGCAUCAGCCUGAGCAGCAACCUGAAGAGGACGGCCAGCAACCCCAAGGUGGAGAGCAGCCAGGACGAGGACGGCAGCUCCGGCUCUGACAGCGUGGAGUUUGACGUCGGUCCCCCCGUGCGGCUGACCCCUCAGAGGGAGUUCAUCAAGUCCCUGAUGGGCAUCGGGAAGCGGCUGGCGACUCUCCCCACCAAGGAGCAGAAGACGCAGCGGCUGAUCUCAGAGCUGUCGCUGCUCAACCACAAACUGCCGGCGCGCGUGUGGCUGCCCACGGCCGCCAGCCAGCACCACAUCGCACGCAUCCCACACACACAGGCCGUGGUGCUCAACUCCAAGGACAAGGCGCCCUAUCUGAUCUACGUGGAGAUUCUGGAGUGUGAGAACUUCGAGACGUCCAGCGUCCCGGUCCGGAUCCCCGAGAACCGGAUCCGCAGCACGCGCUCCGUGGAGAACCUCCCGGACUGCGGCAUGACGGCGGAGCAGCGAGCCGGCAGCUUCUCCACCGUCCCAAACUACGACAACGACGACGAGGCGUGGUCCGUCGACGACAUCGGAGAGCUGCAGGUGGAGCUCCCAGAGAUUCACACCAACAGCUGUGACAACAUCAGUCAGUUCUCAGUGGACAGCAUCACCAGCCUGGAGAGCAAAGAGCCUGUGUUCAUCGCUGCUGGAGACAUCAGGCGGCGUCUCUCAGAGCAGCUCGCUCAGACGCCCACCACCUUUAAGAGAGACCCUGAGGACCCGUCAGCCGUUGCCCUCAAGGAACCCUGGGAGGAGAAAGUCAGGCGGAUCAGGGAAGGUUCUCCGUACGGUCACCUGCCCAACUGGAGGCUGCUCUCCGUCAUCGUCAAGUGUGGAGACGACCUGAGGCAGGAGCUGCUCGCCUUCCAGGUGCUGCAGCAGCUGCAGUCCAUCUGGGAGCAGGAGCGCGUCCCGCUGUGGAUCAAACCCUACAAGAUCCUGGUCCUGUCGUCGGACAGCGGCAUGAUCGAGCCGGUGGUGAACGCCGUGUCGCUGCACCAGGUGAAGAAGCACAGCCAGCUCUCUCUGCUGGACUACUUCCUGCAGGAGCACGGCAGCCCCACCACCGAGGCCUUCCUGUCCGCCCAGAGGAACUUCGUCCAGAGCUGCGCCGGCUACAGCCUCAUCUGCUACCUGCUGCAGGUCAAAGACAGGCACAACGGGAACAUCCUAUUGGACGCUGAGGGCCACAUCAUCCACAUCGACUUCGGCUUCAUCCUGUCCAGUUCUCCCAAGAACCUCGGCUUCGAGACGUCCGCCUUCAAGCUCACCGCCGAGUUUGUGGACGUGAUGGGCGGCCCCGAUGGCGACAUGUUUAACUACUACAAGAUGUUGAUGCUUCAGGGUCUGAUCGCGGCCAGGAAGCACAUGGACAAGGUGGUCCAGAUCGUGGAGAUCAUGCAGCAAGGCUCCCAGCUGCCCUGCUUCCACGGCUCCAGCACCAUGCGCGGCCUGAAGGAGCGCUUCCACAUGAGCCUGACCGAGGAGCAGCUGCAGCUGCUGGUCGACCAGCUGGUGGACGGGUCCAUGCGCUCGCUCACCACCAAGCUGUACGACGGCUUCCAGUACCUCACCAACGGCAUCAUGUGACCCGUGUGUGUGCGUGUGUGUGCGUGUGUGUGCGUGUGUGUGUGUGUACAGCCAGGAACAAAGACUGGUGACAGACUCUGCAGGAGCGGAGACUUCCUCUUCUUCGUCUUCCUCCUGGAUUUUAUUUUCAGUCUGGACUACAGGCUGGAGGAGCCUCAGCCGCCAUGUUUGUGUGUCCUCUUUUCUUCUUCUUCUCCUUCAUUUGUGAUUCCACUUCUCUCUUCUUCUUUUGUUUCUCUUCUCUUUUCUCUUCUGUCUGUACAUUGAAACCUGUGUUGUGUUUUGUCCCAUUUUCCUUGAGUACUCUGUUUUCUGUCGUCUGUCUUGUGUUGUCGUCAGUUUUGAAUUCUCCUCUUCCUUAUUUUUUUUGGGCAGAAGUUCCUCAUUGGCUGCUCAGGUGGCUUGGCUCUUAGCCAAUCAGCGAGCAGCUUUUCUUUUCCUGAAGUGAAACCAGGACAAAACCACAGAACUGACCUGUGAGCUUUAGUUUUUUUCCGGCUGAUUGACGGCUGCAGCGCCAGUAGAGUAGCAGCGGUAGGCGGGACACGUAGCAACACUAGUGUGUGAUUGGCUGUUGAUGGAUGAUGUCACAAACUGAUAACGGAGGAGAUACGAGGCGGAUCAUCAACAUGGCCGACGAGGCGUGGAGCCGCAGGAGGAGCUCAUGAACCGGCCGCUGCGGGACGACUGGUCUCCAUGACAACAAACUUUAUUUUGACGGUGUCACAGGAAACAGGAAGUUCAAACUCUGUUCGUCAGCUGUCUUCUCAGAUACAAAAAAAAAAAAAAAGGUUUCCUCAAACUGCUGAAAUCAUUUCUGCUAAACUCGUUUUAUUUUCCAGUGUUUUCACCAGGAAACACUCAGUCAAGAACACGUGUUUCCACCUCCAGGGGGCGCUGCUGAGGCCAAAACUGGGCUAAACAGAGUCAAAUAAACAGCGGUCAGUGGGACUUUCACACACAUCAGCUCUAAAUUAAUUUUUUUUUCUCCUGUGUGUCGGUGAAAACGAGCCGCCGCUGGUUCAGAAAAUCCAUAUUUCUCCCAGUCAGCAGCACAGAGCCUCAAUGCGAGUGCAAAUCUGCUCAAACUCACAUCAUUUCACAGCCAUGGAUUAUAAUUUCAGUUUAUAAUCCUGUCUGCAGCAGAAAUAUUGACAGGAACAGUCCAGUUACUGAUCAAUAUCUGGAUCAAAUGGACUGAUCAGUUUAGAGCUUUUAGCCCCACUGACCCACACAGAUUCUGCUCUGUUUAGCAGGGGCUCAGUGCUGCCCCCGGUGGUCAAGACACUGAACUGCACUGUGUUUUUCGGCCAGUGGUUGUGUGGGUUUGGUUCAGCUCUGAUGAAUUAGCUCAGAAAAACCAAAUCAUCUGUGAAAAUGUCCAAAAAGAAAGUUUUGGAGAACAAACUAAAGACUUGAAUGGCUUUUUAUUUUGCAGCAGUGAGCAGAGGAGGUUUCCCCUCAGGGAGCAGACAGAGCUGCUGUGCUGCUGCAGAGGACAGUGAAUGCAGCACAGCGCGUGGGAGGGGCUUUUGGUCAUGUGACCGUCUCUCAGCCAAUCAGAAUAUGAGGAAAUGUCUGCUUGUUAUUUAUCGGACCAGCUGUUCAUCCUUUGAACCUGAAUGUUCCUUUGUAAUAAAUGAAAAAGUUUUUGUCUCUG